AUGGAGCUUCUUCCUUCCGGUCAAAAAAAUACUAUAGAAGUAUUAUGGGAAGAUCAGCAAAAAAUCAACAAAUUUUCCUCCCUCAUCAAUAGAAAAGAUGCGUUGUCUGAACAACUCCAGAAGCUCAAAACUGAAAAAGAAUACGUCGACGACUUAGCUCUAGAAAUUGAGCUUUUAGACGAGAGCGAUAAAAUCCAGUACAAAGUGGGCGAUGUCUUCGUCUUUCUCAGCGUCACUGAAGCUGUGGAGAAUAUUGAAAAAGAAAACGAGUCCUUGGACACCAAAGUCGAACAAUUAUCUGACGAAAUCGAUGAAAUCGAUCAACAGCUAGCGCAGCUCAAAGCACACUUAUAUGGCAAAUUUGGCCAGAAUAUUAACUUGGAACGAUAG